UCGGAUUACGCGCAUACACUCGUUGAUAGCCGAUGUAUUCUACUAGGAUAUGAUGAGCAAGAUGUGUCGGCUCACUUUUCGCCACGGGAGAUAUUUCUUUUCAAUCGACUGGAAGAAUCCGAUGAAUUGGAGACGGGUAUUCGAGAGUUCAUGCGUGCUAUUUAUUUUGUACUGGAAAGUAAGCGCGUCGAUCAGUCGUUCGAAAAGUUGGAAUGUCCUCCUUGCCCUAUUUUGCCAGAAGAAGAGAAGUUCAGAGUUGGUAUAGAGAACAAAACGUCAAAGAUGUACAAGUAA